AUGGCAUAUCAAAUCUUGGGGAUAGCAGUCAUCGCCGCCGUCUUUAUUGUGCUCAAAAUACUCAAUGCAACCGAUACGCCAAAGGUCAAGGGGAUUCCUGAGAUUCCCGGUGUUCCCCUUUUCGGCAAUCUGCUUCAGCUUGGGGUCGACCACGCUCGAGUAGCGAAGAAAUGGGCAUUACAGUACGGACCUGUUUUUCAAGCCCGCCUGGGCAAUAGGCGGAUUAUAUUUGUCAAUUCCUACGACGCAGUGAAAUAUUUCUGGAUCACCCACCAGUCGUCUCUCAUAUCCCGCCCGACGUUUCAUACCUUUCACUCGGUUGUCUCCUCAUCCCAAGGAUUUACCAUCGGAACGUCUCCCUGGGAUGAGUCCUGCAAACGCCGCCGCAAGGCAGCCGCUACAGCAUUGAACCGCCCUGCUGUCCAGUCGUACAUGCCUAUCCUCGAUCUCGAGUCCACAAUGAGCAUUAAGGAGCUGCUCAACGACUGUAGGAGUGGCUCGCAGGACGUGGAUCCCAGUCCGUACAUGGCACGGUUCGCGCUCAACACAUCACUGACCCUGAAUUACGGUUUUCGCAUUGAUGGAAACAUCAAUAACGACCUUUUGGCGGAAAUCACGCAUGUUGAGCGCGAGAUAUCCAAUUUCCGGUCAACGAGCAACAACUGGCAGGAUUACAUUCCGCUCCUUCGCAUAUUUGGCAAGACAAAUACCAAGGCGGAAGAAUAUCGCCUAAGACGGGACAAAUACUUGACCGACAUGCUCAACGAUCUGAAGCAGCGCAUCGCAAACGGUACGGAUAAGCCCUGCAUUACUGGGAACAUCCUGAAAGACCCAGAGGCCAGGCUCAACGAAGCUGAACUAAAGUCCAUCUGCUUGACCAUGGUGUCUGCCGGACUAGAUACGGUGCCUGGGAACAUCAUCAUGGGCAUGGCGUAUCUUUCCACCGAACAUGGCCAAAGUAUUCAAGCCAAGGCUUUAGAAGCCAUCCAGCAGGCAUAUCCCAACGGGGAUGCCUGGGAAAAGUGCCUCGUUGAAGAAAAGGUUCCCUAUGUCACGGCACUCGUCAAAGAAACCCUUCGCUUUUGGACGGUCAUUCCGAUCUGCCUUCCUCGGAUGAACAUUGCAGAUAUUCCUUAUGAGGGCUCAGUCAUCCCUGCCGGAACAACAUUCUUUAUGAACGCUUACGCGGCCGAUUAUGACGAGGCUCGCUUCAAGCUUCCGGAGCAAUUCAUUCCCGAGAGAUUCUUGGAGGAUAAGGAGAUUGGCACGCCUCAUUAUGCAUAUGGAGCUGGCUCCCGAAUGUGUGCUGGUUCCCACCUCGCCAACCGAGAACUCUUUACGGCCUAUAUCCGACUCAUCACGAGCUUCGAGAUUGUCCCAACAAAGGAGCCGAACCAAGCUCCAAUCAUCCACCCGAUCGAAUGCAACGCCACGCCCACCUCGCUGACCACUGAUCCGAAACCAUUCAAAAUCGGACUCAUACCGCGAGACGAAGCUAAGCUCAGAGAGUGGAUUGCAGAAGCAGAAGAGAGGACAAAGGAUCUUUGA